GCGAACAACGUGCUGCUUGGCUGGAGAUCACGGAGAGUGCGCACGAAGAAAGUCUCCCCUCAUCGGUCUCGUGAUGCCAGAAGCAACAGAUAAGCAACAGAUAACCAACCCCAUGAAGGAACUGUGUGACUUUUAUGAAAUAGAGCACUAAACCUGGAGACACAAUUUUCACAAUAUGGAGAACAUUUCAAACCCUGUCAAGACUAACUCACAAUGUAACUUCAGCAUGUACUUUCAUUACUACAAUUACCCCAACAGGUCCGAUUUAAACUGCACGCCACCGGCUGACUACUUCUUUUACGCAGAUUUGUACGUAGUUCUCCCGGUUAUUUACUCUGUGAUAUGUGCGGUGGGAUUAACCGGCAAUACAGCAGUUAUGUAUGUCAUACUGAAGGCUCCUAAAAUGAAGACAGUCACUAACAUGUUUAUUCUAAAUUUGGCAAUUGCCGAUGAUCUCUUCACGUUAGUUUUGCCCAUUAACAUUGCUGAGCAUCUCUUGCACUAUUGGCCCUUUGGUGAAGUGCUUUGCAAAAUCAUUUUAAGCAUUGACCAUUAUAAUAUUUUCUCUAGCAUAUAUUUUCUCACGGUUAUGAGCAUUGACCGAUACCUGGUAGUUCUAGCCACAGUGCGCUCAAAACGCAUGCCGUAUCGCACAUAUAGGGCAGCCAAAAUAGUCAGCCUGUGCGUUUGGUUACUAGUGAUUCUAAUCGUGGUCCCCUUUACAAUGUUUGGAGGAGUCUACAUCAGCCCGGACGACAGUGAGCGAAAAAGUUGUGUGCUAAGUUUUCCCAGCCCAGAAGGUUUAUGGUUCAAAGCGAGCCGGAUUUAUACACUCAUACUGGGCUUUGCCAUUCCCGUCUCCACCAUUUGCAUACUCUACACAAUGAUGCUGUACAAACUGCGCAACAUGAGACUCAACACUAAUGGCAAGGCACUGGACAAAGCCAAAAAGAAAGUGACCAUCAUGGUGUUCAUCGUACUGGCCGUGUGUUUGUUCUGCUGGACUCCAUUCCAUCUCAGCACCAUUGUAGCUCUUACCACAGAUCUGGGCACCACACCACUUGUCAUUGGUAUUUCUUACUUCAUCACCAGUUUGAGUUACGCAAACUCCUGCCUAAACCCAUUCCUCUAUGCUUUUCUGGAUGACAGCUUCAGGAAAGCAUUUAAGAAGAUGCUAGAAUGUAGGGCUGGUUGAACAUAGAGCAUAUGCUGCAGUUGUGUGUCUUCAAAGAGUACAGUUCCGUUGCAAAAAUCAGUUGAAAAAUCACACAGCUGGCCUGAGAUGAUGGACUAAAAAGCAAUUAAGUGAAUGUGGUAUCAAACGUCAGCAUUUGUCUCCCUCUUGUGCAAAUUAUGUGAACAUCUCCAUUAUCUAUAAGACCUUUAAUCAUUGUUACUCACUUUGCUAUAUUGCUAUACAACUAUUAAGAUAACAAAAUAUCAUUGUCUAAACAUGUACAGAAAUGCACAUGUGCAUAAAUGUGUAUACUCAAUUAUUGUCACCAAAGCUUUAUUUAUAACCGAGUAUAAUUUCCAUAUAUCUAAAAAGAUAGAUGAACAAAUAUUGUGCCCACUGUACACUGGAAUUCACACUGGAAAAAAGCUUUCUAAUUGUUGCAAAUAUAUACUUUCACACAUAAUUUCACACAGUGAAGCCUAUAGUAAAUGGUGUUCAACCUUUAUGUUAUUAAAUCAAAUGCAUUACAUUGUUUGGUUUAAUAUGUUUUGUUGACAGUUGCAUAGGGUUAUAAUGAGAAAAAAUGUCCCAGUAUUUAUCAGAGUUGUUUUUUUUUUUUUUGUCUUUAUUAAAGAUU